AUGCUUUGUGAUUUCACUCUUCACCAGAAAUUUGUUCGAGAUGUUUGUUUCGUCUCAAUUUGCAUGCUUUGCUUGUUUUUAAUGCUGUACGCUUUCAACAAUAGAAUAAAAGAAAUAUUUAUAGCUAUCUUUAUAAAAAUAACAGAAACUAUAGGAACCUUCGUGAGAAAUGAUAAUCAACAGUUUCAACUACUUUGUUGUCCAUUUGGAAUACGAGAGAGUCGUGAACACUUCAUGAUGUGUACAGUCAGCUAUCUCCUAUCCAAAUGA